AUGCAACCCACGACCGGCCCACAAUGGGGAAAUCAAACGUCCACCUCCGAGUUCAUUCUCCUGGGAUUUGGGGAGCAUGCUGAACUGCAGUUCUUCCUCUUCCUGCUGUUUCUAGUGAUUUACAUGGUGACCGUGGCUGGAAACCUCCUCAUCAUGGCAUUGAUUGUGGUGGAUCCGCACCUCCACACCCCCAUGUACUUCUUCCUGGGGAACCUGUCCUGCCUGGAGACCUGCUACAGCUCCGCCAUCCUGCCCCGGCUGCUGGCCAGUCUCCUGACAGGAGACAGGAGCAUCUCUGUUACUGGCUGCUUGGUGCAAUUGUAUUUCUUUGGCUCCCUUGUAGACACCGAAUGUUACCUGCUUGCUGUCAUGUCCUAUGAUCGGUAUUUAGCCAUAUGCAAGCCCUUGUAUUAUUCGACCCAGAUGAGUAAGAGGUUCUGCCUCUGGCUAGCAGCCGGGUCUUGGAUCAGUGCGUUCUUGGCUGUUAUCGUUGUCAUAGUCCUGCUCUCGCAGUUGAUUUUCUGUGGCCCUAAUGAAAUGGACCAUUUCUUCUGUGACCUCACCCCCAUGAUCAAACUGUCCUGCAGUGACACCCGCAAGAUGGAACUUGUGACCUAUGUGGGCUCCAUCUUGUUCACGUUGCCCCCCUUUCUGCUUACCCUGACCUCCUACAUUUAUAUCAUCAUGGCCAUCCUGCACAUCCCUUCUCCGGACGGGAAGCAAAAGGCCUUUUCCACCUGCUCCUCCCACCUCAUCGUGGUGAGCGUGUUCUACGGGACGCUGAUCGUGGUCUAUCUCCUGCCCAAAACGGAGAUGCUGCGGGAGCUGAACAAGGUAUUCUCCCUUUGCUACACCGUUGUAACACCCCUGCUCAACCCCCUCGUCUACAGCCUGAGAAACAAGGAUGUCAAGGUGGCCUUCAGGAAAGCAAUCGGGAAAUGGGUGGCGUUUGCGAAUUCAUGA